AUGACCAUGAAAGUCGAACUGACUGUCGGCCAAAUGAGUGCUGCCCGCUCUCACUGUGCGGGGGAGAGGGAGACGAACAGAGGACGGAGAGAGAGGAAGAGGACUCGGUGGGGAGGAUGGCAGAGGAAGCCAUCGUUUCUGGCUUCUUCUGAAGGCCUCUUCUUCGUGGAAACACUGAGACCCAAUUCCCCAAUUCUCCCCAAGACCCUCCCACGUUCAGGAGUUUGCUUCCCUGCUCUCAGGGAAAAGUGCCCAUGUGCUCCUGUAGAACAAGAUCCUUUUUCUCUGCGACGCAGGUUUUCAGCAGUAUCUACUGAUGCACUGGUUGAUACACAUUUGGAAGCAUCAGAGAGUGAGAUAUUUCAAGCACCUCCACCACCUAGCUUACGAUUUCCAAACACAUUGCAAGAUGACCUACACCCAUCAGGCAAUACAGUUGGAAGACACAUGCUAGAGGAUCAAUCAGGGAGAGAUGCUUUAACUGUUGCAGAUGAAGAUUUAAAAGCAGAAAUAAAGAGUCUUGAUCAAUGUUUUGCUGAAUCCCCAAAAUUUAGUGGAGAGAAAAAUUCUAAGUUGAACGAACCUAUUUCUGUGGAAAAGGAUGAAGAGGAUGUUUGCCCCACUUGCCUUGAAGAAUAUGACAAGGAGAAUCCUAAGAUAAUAACCAACUGUGGGCACCAUUUUCAUCUUUCGUGCAUUCUGGAAUGGAUGGAAAGGAGUGACAAUUGUGCAGUUUGCAGUCAGCCGAUGAUGUUCAAGGAGCAAGCAAACUUGUAGUAGUUGCACUUGGUCUUACAACAUAAAGAAAUAUGGACAGGUUUAACGAGAUGCAGAUUCUUGCAAACAUAGUCCAGGUCGUUGUGUCAUUGACUGACUCCGGCACAACCAUUCAAGCUUUUGAAAAGUUACUGGCUGAUGUAGCCAUAUUUCCAUUGUGUAAUAAUCCAAGUGUUCUGGAAUAUCAUUCCUCCAGAGGCUACUUUAUCUUUUGCAGCACUGUCUUGAUUUCUUCAGGCUUGCAGCUUGUUUGCUUUCUGACGAAGGAAGCAAGUGAAGAAGGUUGGUGAGCUGGGGCCAUGAUUUCUGUGUUUUUUUUGGUUAACUCUCUCUCUCUCUCUCUCUUGUAUAAUCUUCUGAAUGGGACCAGCUUCAUACUCCAUUCAUUUUGUAAAUUGUUUGAUUUUUCUCACUUUACUAAGUUGAUGUAUAGAAAUAUAGUGACAGAGUUGUCAAUAUAGCAGCAUAUGUGGAUUGUCCUGAUGCAGGUUUAACA